AUGAGGAGGUGGGGUCUCUCUAUUCCUUCGGAUUGUGUCCUUUGCUCUGGAAAUGCUGAAUUUAGAGAGCACUUGUUCUUUGGAUGUGGUGUCAGUUUUGCGGUUUGGGGUAACUUCAUGUUUAGAGCAAGCUUAACUCCUCCGCUUCUCUUUAUGGACUGCCUCACUUGGGUCUUAUCUCCUUCUCGUGAUCCUAACAUUUCUCUCAUCAUCAAGCUAGUGUUUCAAGCUUCUAUCUACUUCCUUUGGAAAGAGCGUAACCGUAGAUUGCAUGAUCACGCUUCCCGCUCUUCUACUGCAAUCAUCAAGGAAAUCAAGGUCAUCCUUACAGCUAAGCUGGAUCCUCUCUCUAGGCGUUCUGAAUUUGAUGCCCCCGACAACUCUCUCCUUUCUACUUGGUUUCGCUACUUCAACUAA